AUGAGUGCCAGUUUAAGUCUCGACGAGCGAGUGGAAGAGAUCAUAACGGGCAUCGACAAGGCACAUUAUUCUUCGGAUGAUGGCAGUAACGUUCUGGUACUUCGUGACGAAACAAAGCUCUUUCUGAAAACGCUUGAGGGUUACCUGUACACCCGAAAGGCGAUGGAUGAAAAGUAUCUCGAGGUGGAUGCGCUGCAAGAACUAGCAAAGAGCGAUAAGAUCAGCGAUGGUUCUGAUAGCGGUAUUUUCCUCUUGGGGAAAGAUGGAGAGAAAGAAUUCAAACCGGAAUACCAACAACAAACUGUGGAAUCCACUACUCCUGUGAGCAACAUGGAAGAGUUGUACGAGGUCGCAAAAGUUACCAAAGAAGAAUUUGAAAACAUCAUCAACCAUUUGUGCAAUCAAGUCCGCAAUGACGAGGAUUGCGAAGAUGAGAAGGAGGAGAUCAGGAUUACUUUUGCCGAGUUGAAAGAUAGGGAUCGGGCACAGGAAAAGGCAGCUGAUGAUUAUUCCAAACGAAAUCCUGGACCAAGUAUUUCUUGGCUGUUUGAUAUUGUACGAGGGUGCAUUGAGUUUACGAGCAACAAACAAAUCUUGAAGAUGGUGGAGCUUAUCGAAGGACAUCCCCGGAUCAAAAUUGCGCAGGCCAAAAACCGCUUUGCCACCCCAACUCUUACUGGGUACCGUGACUUAAACCUUCACAUUCAAAUCCAGAUGCCGAGUGAAAUUAGGCACACUUGUGAGAUUCAGAUUCAUCACAUUGCCAUUCGUCAAUUGGAAAAGCAGCUGAAUGGCCACAAGUUUUACGAAUACUUUCGCAGCUACUUUGCUGGGGCAACCGGUAGUUUGGAAGACCGUUUGAAUGACUUGAGAUUUAUUAGCCAAGGGAAGUUGUUAAGUGCAAAUGUGCUGAACCAGCUAUUGGACGGUUCAAAUGAGGACGAGGAUCGCUUGAAAAGAUUGGCAGACUUGUUUGAAGACCAGCUCUGCGAGUAUGAGUGGGCUCUCAAAGUACAUCGACGAUUGUUAGAGAUCAGAAAAAUGAAAUUUGGAGAAGAACAUUCAUCACUAGCUGACUCAUACCACAACAUGGGCGGUGUGUUGCGAAGACAAGGCAGGUUGGAAGAUGCCAUGGCAAUAUACGAGAAAUCAUUAAAAAUCAACACCGAGAAGAACCUUAUUGAAGGAGAACAGUCGUCAGUCGCUGACACAUACAACAGCAUGGGUGGUGUGUUAGAAGGACAAGGCAAGUUGGAGGAUGCUAUGGCAAUGUACGAGAAAUCAUUGGAAAUCAAAAUCAAGAAUCUUGGAGGAGAGCAUUCGUCAGUCGCUGUAACAUACAGCAACAUGGCUAUUGUGUUGCAAGGAAAAGGCAGGUUAGAAGAUGCCAUGGCAAUGUACGAGAAAUCAUUAAAAAUCACCAUCAAGAACCUUGGAGGAGAGCAUUCGUCCGUCGCUAUCACAUACAGCAACAUGGCUGGUGUGCUGCAAGGACAAGGCAAGUUGGAAGAUGCCAUGAAAACGUACGAGAAAUCAUUGGAAAUUAACAUCAAGAACCUUGGAGGAGAGCAUUCGACCGUUGCUAUCACAUACAACAACAUGGGUCUUGUGUUGGAAAGACAAGGUAGGUUUGAAGAUGCCAUGGCAAUGUACGAGAAAUCAUUGGCAAUCGACAUCAGGAACCUUGGAGGAGAGCACUCGUCAGUCGCUGAUACUUACAACAACAUGGCUAGUGUGUUGGAAGGACAAGGCAAGUUGGAAGAUGCCAUGGCAAUGUAUAAGAAAUCAUUGGAAAUCAACAUCGAGAACCUUGGAGGAGAUCAUUCGUCAGUCGCUAUCACAUACAACAACAUGGCUAGUGUUUUGGGAGGACAAGGCAAGUUGGAAGAUGCUAUGGCAAUGUACGAGAAAUCAUUGGAAAUCAACAUAAAAAACCUUGGAGAAGAGCAUUCGUUCGUCGCUAUGACAUACAGCAACAUGGCUUUUGUGUUGGAACGACGAGGCAAGUUGGAAGAUGCCAUUGCAACGCACCAAAAAGCGCUAGAAAUCUACAGAUAUACCUGCGGGGAAGGACAUCCUAAUGUCUCCCUUUCGAUGCAAAAAAUAGCCGAGCUGGAAGAGGCUAGGUCCGAGUCCUAUUGCUUUAGAUAA